GUGAGACUGGCAGGCCGGCCACGACACUCGGUGCCAAUUUAAAAAUAUAUACAGACAGGUCAAUGACGUCCAACCUGUUACUCAACAAAUAAAUUAACAUCUUUUAUCAGCAAUGGAUUUAAACGAAACUAAUAUCAAGGAGGAAGUCAGUAACUUCAUGUCCAGCUUCCAAAAGCUGCUACCGAAGAAGAAGCAAAUAAUAACCCUUGAUGCCCCGAAACAGAACAAAAUGAUACGACUCAAUGACAUGCACGCAGAAGCAAAAAGUGUCUUCCCAUUGUGCUUCACCGGUGCCAAAGUUGUCAUCAUGAGAGAAGUUAUGAACAGGGUGAAAUUAGUACAACAGUAUAAUUAUGGACGGACUAAAGAAACUUACAAGGCUUUUACACACUUGUUAUACAAAGAAAUGGAGCCGAAAGCUAUUGACGAGGGUUUAUUAGUAGAUUCCGCGGGAUCGGCCACGGCGACGUACACUGAAGACCUUGAUGGAGGAUACACAAUGCAAUUAACGUCAAAGAUCCGCGAUUUGAUUUCGUCUGAAACGGAGAUUGUGUUCGACAGGGAGAACCAAAAGUCAGUGGCGUCUGUGUCGUGUUCAAUGAAGGAUGUCGACCCGAAUACGUUAAGGCUGGUGACGCAGUGGGUGUACAAAGUAAUUCCUGAAUUUUGUUUCGGCUCCGAGGUCAGUUUUAGACCAAUGUUGUAUCCUCCACUGCCCGACGUCUCAGUGACUGCGAGGUACGAUCGUCAGACUUUUACAUUAUCUGGAACGAUUAGCAAAGCUGGAUUUCAGGCGUGCCUUUUUAAGCAAUUCACGCCGGAUUUGCGAAUAGCAACGAUUGUCAACGAAGACGCGCGGGAAGCAAGGACGACUAUUGGUCUGGGUAUGCAUAAAAAGUACUCGAACGGUUCAGAAUUGAAAGUGUUUGUUGACUCGCAGAGAUCUGGUGGAUUCACAUUUCAGAAAGAUGUUCUUUUUUACGAGCCACAUAAUGAAAUACGUGUUCUACGCUUGAUUGGGAGCACGUUAAUAGAUAAACAGAGGAGAGUUAGAUUUGGCUUCGGCUUCGAAUUAGACUUCUGACGUACACAGGUUAUCAUCAUAAUAAAUUGGUUGUUUACUCGCGUGAGGGAAGCGUAUGUGCUUUUUGUAGAAUUAUUUGUUUGUAUAUAAGUAUACAUAGGUUUUAGUUAUUGUUUUAUCUUGUUAAUCUGUUCUGCCGACGUGUUUAUGAUUAAAUUACUUCUCCUAUUUUCAGUA